AUGGAUGGUGAUGUUGGAGGUGCCGAUGGCGAGUCUUCAGCCCCAGCAGAGCCCCGCGUUCAUGGUGAGGGUCAAAUCGAGAGAUCCAGCGAUGAGCAUCUCCGCAACAUGCUGGGGUUUCAUGCGUGGGCCCACCUAACAUCAGCUGCUGGUCCUGAAGACUUUUUCUCUCUCACCCCAAGCCAAGCGUUGCCUGUCAACACAGAAUCGCUCAUGUUGCCAUUGCAGAACGCUGUGAUCUCAGGGCAUCGUGAAGCCAGUCGAAAGCUUCCGCUCAGUCUUUGCACUGUUGGCCAUAAGAAGUUGGCUCGGACUGAUUCUGAGAUUGUCAGUCACAACUUUUGCAGCGACCGGCAUCCUUUGAAAGUUGCUUGGCAUGGCGAGUUCUUCGCCAACGCUACAGGUGCAGAAGGUGAGGAGCCACCACAAAGAUCUUGA